AUGGAGACUUCCAAGACCUUCAUGAGAAAUCCACCGAUCACACCAGGCUACAGUGGCUUUGUGCCCUACCUCAGCUGCCAGGGCACCUCCGGCGAGGACCACAUGGACCACUGCCUGGAAAACUUCCAGGAGAAAAGGCAGCAAUACGUAGACCGGCAGGAGGAACUUCACCGUUUGGUGGCCACGGCCCCGAAAUUGAAGCCCGUCUGUUCCGAGGACCACGUCUUGCGGGCUCUGCACGAGUACUACAGGAAGUACCACCCCAUGAUUCUGGAAUGCAAGAACGUGAAGAAGCCUCUCCAGGAGCCCCCCAUCCCCGGCUGGGCAGGCUACCUUCCCAGAGCCAAGGUCACUGAACUAGGCUGUGCCACGAGGUACACGGUCAUGGCCAGAAACUGCUACCAGGACUUCCUGGACAUCGUGGAGCGGGCCAAGAGAGCGCGCCUCAGAUCCUAUGAGGAACUCUGUGGAGUUAGCCCCACCCAGGCCGCUGCUCCUUCCCCACAAGUUUUGCAGCAGGAAGAGCCGACACCCCCAAGCCCAGGUUUCUCCAUCCCAGGUGGAAGCUGUCCUGCCCUUGGAAGACCCCCCAGCCAAGACCCCAGAGCUCCGGUGACAUGUGACUCUGCUCAGAGGUCAAAUAUGUCAUGCAACAGGAAGAUUUAUCUAGGGCCACUGUCCUCAGCCAAGAACGCAGAGGGCUAG